AUGGAUCUAAAGGCGUCAUUGGUGCUUGUAAAUGUCCAACGUUUUUUUUGCCGUGGACAGUAAUGCGGAAUCGUGCUACUUAUUUUAUUUAUAGUAGACAUUUAUUUUAUCUGUUCCUUCACAUUACUGCCACUCAGUGUGUGCGUGCCGUUUGUCGUUUGUUGAUUCCUUUCCAGUUGCUUUGCACUCCCGGAAAGGGUCAAGAGUGAUGAUGGAGAAAAUUAAAAUACCCAACGACUCCCGAUGGAAUUUUCGCGUGCGUCCGAGUGCGUACGGGAGUUGACUGAUGCUUGCCAAAGUCAACAUUGCUAAAAGCAGUAGAAUGUAGAACCAAAAACGGUACAUUUCUGCAAUAGAUUUUAUUCAUCGCAUGAAGAUAAUAUAGUGUGUUUCCACGCUCGUGGAUGCUAAAAUACGUCCAACAAAACACGCCAACACCUAAUAGGUUCUGUUUCUAACAAAUCGCACCAAUGUAUGUACGGUCUCAGUCAAAUACAAACAAAAACCAUCUGUAUUUUACAACGUAUGUGCGUUGUCACCGAUAUCCCGAUGAAUAAAAUGGAAUCUGUACAGUUUCUGUGAAAACCAGUGCAAGUCGUGUUGCUUCACCGAACGAACCCAGUUCAGUUUUCUAACCCGUGUCGUCCAAGCUAGUCGUGAUGAAAUUCUUGGUACUUGCUGCGUUUUUGUGCACUUUGGUGGCGGCCACCACGGCACAGUAUGCCACGAAACCACCCGUCGUUUACCAGAUGCAGAAUGCUCUUGGAGGUGUACUGCGUAUCGUGUACGAUCUUUCCAGCGACAACAAGCAGCUCAUCAUCAACCCCAAUAAUGAACAGAUCAUAAGUGGGGCCUUGCUAUCAUUGGAUGACCUUUAUAACAUUUUCCCCACAUUCGGAGCCUCGAAUCGAUCUGCGCUGCCAAUGACGACUAGUGCCAGAUUGAGCAGUGCGUUCAAUAAUUUCCAGAACGCCAUCUCUGGGUGGGAAACAGCACUGGAUCAGCGUAAUCCUGAUAACCUGGCCAGUACGUUCAAAGCUGUUGAGAAUGCAUUUUUGGAUCUAGCUGGUAUUGUUGUUGCACUGUAAAAAGCAAAAUCUCACAAUAAAUGUCUGUCUAAAUUUAAAGAAAAUGUAAAGAUAAAACGUAAAGUAAGGUGUGAAAUUGUUUUGCGUACAGUGCCGUAAAUGGUGUCAGCAACAGUAGCUUCAGACAACUCAUUUCAUAUCACCUAUAUCAACAGAAAAUCGAUCAUAGUCGUAUUGACAAAAAAAAUGCUAUACCUAGUUGUCUUGCUUAUAACAGCUGCAUUGUAUUGUCACCUAUGUAUGUGUAAUAGGUAUGAGAAAAUGAAGAAAAAAAAUAAUUCAGCACAGGGUCAAAGGGACAAAGAUGGCCACCAAACGAGUCAUACCCGUUUGAAUUUAUUUUUCGCAUUGUUUGCACAAUUGUGUACUGAUUAUUUGUACAAAUGCAAAACCACAUGUUGGUGGAGAAGAAGACAUUUUCGGCAGAUUAUUCUAAGAAAUUUUAGAUCACAAAGAAAACUAAACGCCCAUUUCAUAAACCUGCUUGUUACCGAUUAUAAACGAUUUAACGAAGAGCUAAAACAUUAACACUUUUACGCGUUUGUAACGGUUUGCUUGUAACAAUAGCUAAAUAAGUUUAGAGAUCUGUGCUUGCUCGGAAAUGCGCUUUCUUUAAGUGCAAACCCCAAAAACGAGAAACCGCAACUAAAUUCAUCAUCCCGCCCCUGGCACGGUAUGCUCAGAUUGUGUUCAUCUAUAAUGCAAACUAGCAAAUGAUGUCCUUUUGGUUGGCUUCCACCCAUUUAAAUUACAGCACCGUUCCUUCUGCAAUCAUCAAUCUGCCGUUGGGGGAAGGGAAUGGCCAGAGCA